GGCUGGGAGGGGAGGCUUGCCAAAAAAACAACUGCCACAUCCCCAAAAAAAUUCUGCCUGGGUACCGAGUGAGCGAGUAGCAGCUCCCCGAUGGCUCCUGGAGGAGGACAGUGCAUCUCCUGAGUGGGGAAAACUCCCUUGGAGCCUUUUCUGCCAGGUUUGCAUCACCAGACGGGAGAGCGAGCAGACGGUGACUCUGCGCUGUGUCAUGUCAGAGGCUGGACCCUCGGCCACCCCCCCCCCCCCCCGCACCCCCUCGCUCUCAGCCCAAAUCUCUGACCUGCCCCCUCUGAGCCCCCUCUCGUUUUUUGCAUGAGCGUCGCUGCUUCGCCACAGCAGCAACAGCACCAAGCGGUGUCGGGCAGCACCAACAGUUUGCAGACGUUGUCGGUCGACUAGUCCGAGGCCCUCCACCCCAACAACCCCCCCCCCCCCCGCACUCUUGUCAAGACAAAAAGACACCAGGGAACCAGGGUCAGGAUGCAGGUGUCUUUCGCCUGCACGGAGCACAACCUCAAGAGCCGCAGUGAGGACCGGCUUUGUGGCCUUCGCACCGCCCCGCCCCCCGGGGGCAGCAGUGGGGGCGGAGGAGGGGGAGGCGGUGGAGGAGGCGGCGGCAGUGGAGGAGGAGGAGGCGGCGGCGGCGGUGGCAGUGGAGGAGGAGGAGGAGGAGGUGGCGGCGGACAAGGCAGCAAUGGCAACUACACGUCCCAUGGCUCGGUCAAGACCAGGGAGGGGUCCGGGCCCCGCCAGACCCCGCAUGGCCAUGCCCACAUGAAGGAGGCCAUCGGGCGCCACAGCAGUAUGAAGUACAGGAACCUCGGGAAGUCGGGCCUUCGGGUUUCCUGCCUGGGGUUAGGCACCUGGGUGACAUUUGGAUCGCAGAUCUCGGAUGAGAUGGCGGAGAACCUGUUGACCAUAGCCUACGAGAACGGAGUGAACCUGUUCGACACAGCCGAGGUGUACGCGUCUGGAAGAGCGGAAAUCACUCUAGGGAACAUCAUCAAGAAGAAAGGAUGGAGGCGUUCAAGUUUUGUCAUCACUACAAAGAUCUAUUGGGGAGGCCAAGCGGAGACGGAGAGAGGACUCUCCAGAAAGCACAUUAUUGAAGGUUUACGAGGAUCCUUAUCGAGGCUCCAGCUAGAAUAUGUGGACAUUGUUUUUGCCAACAGAAACGACGUCAACAGUCCGAUGGAAGAGAUCGUGCGGGCCAUGACGUUCGUAAUAAACCAGGGUAUGGCGAUGUACUGGGGAACAUCACGCUGGAGCGCCAUGGAAAUCAUGGAGGCGUAUUCGGUGGCUCGCCAGUUCAACCUGAUACCACCUGUGUGCGAGCAGGCGGAGUACCACUAUUUCCAGCGGGACAAAGUGGAGGUGCAGCUCCCCGAGCUCUACCACAAGAUCGGUGUCGGAGCAAUGACCUGGUCGCCACUUGCUUGUGGAUUAAUCACAGGGAAGUACAGUGACGGUGUGCCAGAGUGCUCCAGGGCAGCAAUGAAGGGGUACCAGUGGCUGAAGGAGCGGGUGAACAGCGAGGAGGGCCGCAGGCAGCUGGCUAAAAUCAAGGAGCUCCAUCUGCUGGCGGACAGGAUGGGCUGCACUGCUGCACAGUUGGCCAUCGCCUGGUGUCUGCGCAGUGAGGGAGUCAGCUCUGUACUUCUGGGUGUUUCUAAUACAGACCAGCUCCUUGAGAACCUGGGUGCCCUGAGGAUUCUAACCCAAAUGACGCCUCAAGCUAUUAUUGAGAUUGACGCCCUUUUGGGAAACAAGCCACACUCGAAGAAAGAGUUGCGUGCUUGAAGAAGCAAAUCUGAGAGACAGAUGAUGUUUUGACAUGAUGACGAAGAAGACAAAUGACAUUGGGAAACAUUGUUUUAUGCUCCGCUGUAUACUCGAAAAACGUGCAUGUCCUCUGCAACAUUAUGCUUCUAGUAUGUGCGCAUAACCAUUUUGCGCGAUACGUUGAAUCAUGUAUG